AUGGUGCUCCUGACCUCUUCAACCGUCUCGGCCAUCGUGUCGAUGGGGGUGGUAUGCAUGUUCAGCUUGGCCCUGUUCCUGGCCGGCUACACGCUACAACAGCAGUCUGUCAAGAACAUCCAGCAUGCCAUCCGCGUGGUACCCGACCAUGCGCCCGUGGCGGGGUUUAAGGGAGAUGGAUCUACAUUCCGAAAGCGCGGGUUAUCAGAUUCAUCAGCAUUAGCGGGCGACCCGGGCGUCCUACAAGAUAGAGAUAGGAACUCGCAAGAUCCUCAUCCCAGUCCCUCGCCGGGCAACUACGCCUACCUCCAACUCCUCUCUGACCCCGACCCAUCAAAUAUCUGCUCCGCCGUCCUCUUCUUCAAGCAACUCGCGACCAAUAACACCGCCAUCCAAGACCGCCUGUUCAUGUACCCAGAAGAAUGGGACCGGACGGCCACAAAGAAUAAACUCAGCAGAACCGCCGCCGCCGCGAUAUCCGUUCUUCGCGCCGCAAGCCUGAAAUAUGAUAUCUGGCUCCUCCCAAUCGACAUGACAGCCGCCACGAAGGAGGGAUUCACGCCUACAGACUCGAAGCUGCUCCGGCUGGGCCAGAACCAGUUCAUGCAGUAUGACAGCGUGCUGUAUGUGCAUACGCCAGGUCUGCUUCUCGACAGCUCAAAGUUAGAUGACGUCCUUCUGUCCCGGCCAUUACCACUUCGACAUGAUAGGAACCGGAAGGAGUCGUAUAAUAACGAAGCUUGGAUCCCUGCGCCGCUGCGUCCAGCCCGCGAUCCGGACAUACCACCUGUCUACCUGAUCGCGGUGAACAAUGUUGGUGGUGGGAAGAUCGAGACGCGCACGCAUAUACCGAACAUGGCGUUGUCGGGCUUCAACCGUCUGGUUACUGGGCCGUGGGGCGUCAAGGGCAAGGACACAGAGCCGCAGGAGGAGGAGCCGGGCUACGUCUACUUUGAAAGUGAUGCCGAUGGUCGGGUUAAGUGGGCUGGGAAUCCGCUGUUUGGCACUUGGCGCGCGCAACAGGCUGAGGUUUGUGAUGGGUUGGACCUGGACUCGGCCUGGCAUGAUGAGCAAUGA